CGAUUUCCUGCCAAAUUUCUUACCCUCUUUAUUGGACUCCACCGCUGUGCCUUAGACAGCAACCGGCCACUUUUCCAGUGGAUACCGACGGAAACCCUCUCACAGCUGCCAUGGCGAGCAGCAGAGACGCAGGUGACGAGCAAGUCGUGCCGGAUGAAGAGGAAGAGAGAUCGGAUGUGAAGGCGGUGCAGGCCCACUACCUCCGCAGCCCUUCCCCAAGCCGAUACUCGAUGGUAUCAGACACCGAUACAGAGAGCAUCUUCAUGGAGCCAAUCCAUCUGUCAUCUGCUGUGGCUGCCAAGCAAAUAAUCAAUGAAGAACUGAAAACAAAGGAUGUCAAAGUAGAUGCAGUGUGUCCUGGGAUGUUAGAGUCUGCAAAACAGUUGAUGGUGGAAGACCUUUACAACCGAGUUAAGGAAAAGAUUGAUGACACCAGCUUGUUCAACACACCAUGUGUGAUGGACUUGCAGAGGGCACUCGUGAAGGACAGGCUUGAGACCCCCAGGGAUGCUGUGGACGAAGUCUGGCCUAACAUCUUCAUAGCAGAAAAAAGUGUUGCAGUGAACAAAAGCCGUUUGAAGAGACUGGGGAUCACUCAUGUCUUGAAUGCAGCUCAUGGUACAGGUGUAUACACAGGACCAGGUUUUUACAAUGGUCUGAAUAUCCAGUACCUGGGCAUUGAAGUAGAUGAUUUUCCAGAUAUAGAUAUCUCCAAACACUUCCGUCCAGCUGCUGAAUUUGUGGAUGAAGCACUGCUAACUUACAGAGGCAAAAUCCUUGUCAGCAGUGAAAUGGGAAUCAGUCGCUCAGCUGUGCUGGUGGCUGCUUACCUGAUGAUCUACCACCAUAUGACCAUUCUGCAGGCUCUCAUGACUCUGAGGAAGAAGCGUGCCAUUUAUCCCAAUGAUGGCUUCCUGAAGCAGCUAAGAGAGCUCAAUGAGCAAUUGUUGGAGGAACGAGAGCUGGAGAAUACUGGAGAUGAUGAACUCACUCCCAGUCAAAGUCCUCUUGUCCACACAGAGACUUCUUCCCAGCUAUCUGGAUUUGGGGACUCCGAAAGCAUCAUGGGAGCCAAAGCCCACUCUAUCAUGGUAGAAGAAGAGGACACCAGCAGCCUGCUGGGUAGUCUUAUGAGCUCUCCAUCAGUGGGAAAAGCUAGCUGGGCUUCCAAACAUUCCACCCUCAUCAGUGAGGAGGAAGAGGAACAGCUCUAUGAGGAAUGGAGGAAGAAACAAGGCCUGCCUGCAAAGGAACUAGCAACUAACCACGGCAGGCAAACAUCUCCAAAACUUCUGGCUCAGGAAGGAGAACAAUCUGAGGAGGAUGUGGAACAGAUAAUCCAUGACUGGCAGCGCAGAAAUGAGAAAUACCAAAUGGAGGAUGGAGACUUCACCAUGGGAGGAAGAGAUUACCCACCAGGGGAAUUCAGUGAUGUUGAGAGCGUGAGUAGUCUUGAGAUCCGAACUCUCAAACAACAGCUGGAAACCAGUAGCUGUAAUAGGAUGAGGAGGAGCCGCACAGGCUCUGUUUCUUCUGAGAGCACUUGGGACAUGUGGAACCAGAGACUUCUGGAGAUUGAGAAGGAAGCCACACAGAGGUAUCGUUCUAAGAAUAAAAGCAGUGGGGAGAGCUGGUCCUCCAAAACAGAAAGCAAGGAGAGGGAUGUGGAUGAGGAGAGCGUAUUUUCAGAUUGUAGCUCCUUUUACAACUUCUGCCAAAAGAACAAAGACAAGCUUACUCCUCUGGAAAGGUGGAAGGUCAAAAGAAUCCAGUUUGGCUUUCACAAGAAGGAUUUGGARUCAUCGUCUUCUUCUGCUCCAUCUCCAGCUGAAGAUGGCAGCCAGACUGGUGGAGAGGUGACAGAAGGGAAGAGCUUGUCAGAUAUUAACCUGUCUGCUUACCAGGCUUGGAAAAUGAAGCGUCAGAAAAAGCUGGGCAGUGAAAGCAAGGAGGAGUUUGUGGAACUUGCCAAAAGUGAGGAUUCUGCUUCAGCCAAAAAGAAGCAGAGGCGAGCAGAGCUCCUUGAACGUUCAAAGAAAAUCUUAGAAGAGAGCCAGUCCAUGUGCAGCUGGGAGACAGACAGUACAAUGAGUGGGAGUAUCCCCUUGUCAGCUUUCUGGCCCUCUGCACCUUCUGCAAGUGGUACUGAAGAUGCAUCUUCUGUCUUGAGCAUGCGAACAAAUCACUCAUCUGUAUCCCAGGCCAGGAGUGCUGCUGGGGCAGCGCGACCCCAGACACCAAGUAUACCCCUCCCUAACCUCCCAGUUGGCCCAGGUGACACAAUAUCCAUGGCAAGCAUUCAGAACUGGAUUGCUAAUGUGGUCAGUGAAACCAUUGCUCAGAAGCAAAAUGAGAUCAUGAUGCUGUCCCGUCCUCCUUCUGCAAUGGCCUCCAGUGUAAUGUCAGGAGACCUUGGCAGGCGUGUAGAUGAUGAUAAAGUUUCCCUUCUCAGUGCUCAGAGUGGUGUGUCCCUUGCUACCUCUCAGUGCCGCCAGCAGGAGAUGCAGAGGGCUGAGUCUCAGUCUGUCCUGUCUUGCAAUACCUCAAUGAGUGCAAGAACAGAAGGGACUGGUUCAAACAUGAAGGUAACACAGACAAGCAAACCACUGUACAGCCUCUUUGCUGAUGAUGUUGAUUUGAAGAAACUCAGGAGGAAGGAGAAGGAGAUGCAAAUGGAAAUGAGAGAGAAAAUGUCAGAUUAUCAGAUUGAAAAGGUGGUCAGAGACAACAAACGCAGUACUUUAUUUAAAAAGAGGGUGGCCAAAGGAGAGGAAAGUGAAAAUGAAGAUGACACAGAGAGCACAUCAGGCAGCCACARACACUCCUUCCAAACAGAUCUUGACAGAACCGAUAGAGCAUUUGCUCUUUCUAGUCAAUUUGCAAAUGCAAGUGCACUGAAGUCUGAGGUAGAGACUGACAUUACCAAGUGGCUGAGUGGUCUGAAAGAAAGAGAACCAUCAUACAAUGAUCAAAGUGAGAAGGCUGGAGAAAAAUAUAACAGAACAUCCAAAGUUAGAGAGAUGGACUCUGAAACAUCCAGUUACAGGUUCUGCAGAUCCCAAAGAGAAGAGCUAAAUAGCACAUCUUCCUAUGAGUCAAAAGGAGAUUCACUGAGAACCAUGUCAAGAUUUUCUUCUGCUUCUGAAAGAGAGGACAAAAAGAUGUAUAAGUUCACAAGGUCGAGGGUCAGUGAAACAAGUUCAGGAGGAAAGAGCCCAGAUCUGUAUGAUUUCAGACGAACACCUGAACCAUCCUUUGACUCUGAAUCCGCCGAUCCGUCUACACAGAGCCGAGUUAGAUCUCAUCGUGUGGAGGAAUGUGAAGAGGAGGCUAGGUCAGACAUGUCAGAAUUUGGAGCUAAGAGAAAGUUCACCCAAAGCUUUUCAAAGUCUGAAGAGGAUGGAAAGAAAGAGGCCAAAGUGGAACAAAGUGAAGAGAGAUUUGCAUCAAGGGAGUUCUCUCAGUACAGGAGACGCAUUCGUAAAGAAGAGGAAGAAGAAGAGAUGGAUGAUGAUGCUAUUAUUGCUGCUUGGAGAAGCAGACUAGAAGAAACCACUGCAAAGCUCCGUCGGAGAAAGGAAGAGUGACCAAAGAUCAGAUUAUAGGAACACAAACAGAGUCACAGAGCCCCAGAAUCACUCAUCAUUAUAUUUCUAAUAAUCCUUUGUGGUUUGUAGGGCAUUUCCUGCAGAUAUUUCUCUU